AUGGCCACAGCUGGUGAGACGGGUCCUAUCUUGGACACGGUCCCGUUUUCCGUGCUGAUGACCAUGAGUGGGUUCAUCGCUGUCGCCUGCUACAACAGCAUAGAACAAUUCUUCCUCAUCUUUCGGACUUUUCGACGGCGCAGCGGUCUCUACUUUUGGUCUAUGAUUGCCGUAAGCUUUGGCAUACCCUUCCAUGUGCUACCAAACAUUCUUCGCUUCUUCGGCACUGUGCCAAACGGCAAUCUGGCGAUGAGCGCUCUGCUAUCCGUCGGAUGGUGGCUAAUGGUGACCGGUCAGUCGGUGGUGCUUUACUCGCGCCUCAACUUGGUCGUCGCCAGCCGCCGCAAGCUGCAAUUUGUGCUGGGCUUGAUCGUUAUUGUCUUUGUCUUUGUGCAACUUCCCACCACCGCUUUCUUCCUAGCCUGCAACUGGCCAGACGAAGCUAUAGCCCUCAGGUUUAGCAAUACCUAUGGAAAGUUUGAGAAGACCCAGCUCGUCGUGCUCACGGCCUUGGAGACUUUCAUCUCGAGUUCGUACGUUUAUGAAGCAUCUGACGGCCUGAGGCUUUUGGCUGCCUUGAAGAAAGACCACGUCAAAGCGGUGUUUCGCGAGCUGGUUGCUCUUCUCGUCCUCGUAGUCUCGUUGGACAUGACCCUUAUAGUCCUCCAAUUCACCAACAACUACUUGAUUCAAGCGACCUGGAAACCCGUCGUAUACAGCGUAAAGCUCAAGGUAGAGACACUGGUGCUGAACAACUUGGUCAAUCUUGUCCAGUCACGCUCCUUUCCCAAUCACAUUGUCACGCCAAAAGUCCACAAGUGA